CUGGAGAGGGUCAUGUUGGAAGGUACACGAACACUGAGAGACCUGCUCCCACCAAGGCUGUCCGGUGGCCCUCUCCGAUGUUGGGGUGAUGUCUCCAGAUGUCUUUUGAGCAGCAGUUCCCAGAUAUGGUUGCUCCUUCUGUAACAACUGCAACAAGCAAUGAAUAGUAAUGUGCUUUGAGAUCUGUGAUGCCUUGAACGUAAAAGUGAAGCUGUGGGAACAAACUUUGCACCCCCAGGACGAAUCCACGAUUAAUGGCUGAUCCCUGCCUGUAGUAGAACACAAAGAAAGGACAAGACACCCACAUCUUUCUGUGCGAAUAAAAGAUUCAGCUGAGCAGAUUAAUAGACUUCUGUCUGGUGGCCUUUUUGUAUCAGAGCUGUCUUUUUACCGAUAACUUAAAUAAACAAAACAAUACAAAAUGUAAUUUAAUGAGCUAUGAGAUGGAGAGCUGCUGGUAAUACUCCGAUUUCAGGAUUCAGCUGUUCAUUGUGCUUGAUGCACAUGUUUCUGCACAGUGAAUUUAGGAAACAGAAGAAGAGAAUCCAAAACGGCUGCAGGGGAACAAUCUUCAAACAUGCCUACAGAAACACUACAGGCAGGUAGCAUGGGGAAACCUGUUAGCCCAGCUGUGGCUUUCACAUCUGCUGUCCCUCUACGAAUAUUGAACAAAGGACCUGACUAUUUCCGCAGGCAGUCAGAACCUAAUCCCAAGAGACUCAGCGCAGUGGAAAGACUGGAAGCUGAUAAGGCAAAAUACGUCAAGAGCCAAGAGGUCAUCAAUGCCAAGCAAGAGCCUGUGAAGCCAGCAGUACUUUCUAAACCUCCCGUCUGCCCUGGUGUUAAACGAGCUUUGGCUAGCCCAACUUUGAAGAUGUUUAACAACAAUGCAAAGUCUGAGAGCUGUGUACAAAGGGAGAAUCUGAAGCUGGAAAUCCUGAAAAACAUUAUCAAUAGCUCUGAAGGUUCCAGUACAGGAUCUGUGCACAAGCAAAGUUCCAAAAACUGGACACCAAGUAGGUCAGAUUCAUCAGACCAAAACAGACAUUCUUUUGCAGAGUCCUUAAAGAUCUAUUCUACCCAGAGUCAUGGUAGUCCCCAAGACAGCAACUCCAACAUCAGCAGGAGGCUACUAGAAAAAUCAGGUGAUACUUUUUUACAUAUUUCUCAUAGUUCCUCAGACAUUAGAAAAGUCACGAAUAUGAAACAGAUAAAAGCUAUUCCAUGCAGCAGUUCAGCCCCACCGCUGCCUCCUAAACCUAAACUUUCCACCCUCACUACCCUUAAAUCACCAGACAACGAUUCUUGGGAACCAAGCUGUGGUGUCAUCCGAAGGCCAUCGCUCCAGCGCUCUAAAUCUGACUUAAGCGACAGAUACUUUCGAGUUGAUGCAGACGUAGAGAGGUUCUUCAAUUACUGUGGACUGGAUCCUGAAGAGCUUGAAAAUCUCGGGAUGGAAAAUUUUGCAAGGGCUAAUUCUGACAUAAUUUCUCUAAACUUUCGCAGUGCAAGCAUGAUCAGCUCAGACUGUGAACAGUCUCAGGACAGCAACAGUGACCUUAGAAACGACGACAGUGCCAACGACCGCGUGCCAUACGGCAUUUCUGCCAUAGAGCGUAAUGCCAGGAUCAUCAAAUGGUUGUACAGCAUUAAGCAAGCUAGAGACUCACAGAAGGUAUCCCAUGUGUGAGAGACAGCCAAUGGUAUCUUUAGAGACUGCAUUUUGUCUGUGAAUAUUCAGUUGUGGAAGGGUUGUAAAGUCUACUUGAAGUCUUGUAAACUUUUCAAACUGCUCUGUGUUGCUUGUUGUGCAAUGUUUUCAAGUUGCAUGCCUGUCAACAUGUGAGACUGACCUGGCUUUCACUUGAACAAAUACUACAAAGCCUAGUUGAAUAUACUCCCUAUCUUCCAAAAGUUUAAGACCAAGUCAAAGUUUAAAGAGGUUUUCCACUUUGAAUAAACCCUUUUAUUAAAUCCUCUCUAUACCCCAAAAUAGUAACUUUGGUGAGGGUCUUACAUCCAUUUGCUGUAAUUAGCAGGGUCCGGGCACUCAUAUUUAAUUCUGCACUGUUCGGCUAUCUUUAGCAAGAGGAACCUGAUGUAGCUGCUCAUAAUAAAAGCCUCAGAGCUGCUAGAUUUUAUAUCCACUGCUUUAGAGGAACCAGAGCUAUACAAGUGCCGUGGCCAUGGGAAAUUACUGCUGUUGUGGAGGAAGGGAAAUUAAUACAGUGAUUAUUUGAAAAUGUCAAACCUCCUUUAAUAGCUUUGUUUUUAAAGUAUACCCAUCACCUACAUACAGAAGAGAUUGCCGUUUUGUGUACUUGCAUCAAUAUUAAACAUUUGAUUUCACUAGAAAUUACUUUUUGCCACAAUAAUUUCAUUAGUUCCUUGUAGUUGCAGACAUGUUAGUUCAGCCCACAAAAUGGCUGCCUUCUCCUGGGUAGGUAACAGGUACACUGUAAUGUUACACUGUUUACAUGACAAUGAUAGGUAGAAAUUUUAUUUAACAUGCAUAAGUCUUAUUGGUUUUGAUAUAUAAACCUUUCAAAGAGAGAAUGAGGUCAGGUGCUUGCUUACACUUUUAGGUUUUUAUUGUUUUGUAUUUAAAACAAAAUGAUGCAAGUUUUGAAUUUUUUUUUUUUUUUUUUUAAAGUUCUGUUAAGACUAUUUUGUCAAACAGGUGUUAUUAUUAGUUGGUGACCCUGCUCCAUGCAGCACAGGCAUAUGCAAUACAAUUGGCACUGCUGUCAUGGCUGAGGUACAUUGCUCCUCUUGCUUUACCUAGUAAUGGUUGUGAAACAUCAUGGGAGAAAUAGUUCAGAUACAUCUGCAGUACCAAAGUUUGUCCAUCCCUGAUGUAGUUUAUUAACAUUGGUCUCUUUGCGACAAGGGAGAAUAUGCAUUGGCUUUGUUUUCUAGUCUUAAACUUUUGACAAGAACUAUGAGAUCCAACCUCAAACUUCUAGAAGCUGCCUUCAAUAGAACAAAUUAUUGCAAGUCCAUGCUACAAGCCAUAUCAGUAUACGAGAUCAAUCUAAUUCUGGAAUAGCCUCACUAGCUGGAUUCUAGCUGAAUUAAUUGUAUUUGUUGUCUUGCAUAUGUUACAUCUCAGUCUAUGAAUGUUUGUCUCACUUGAAAGUAUUGUAGUUUAUCUAAAACUGCUUUUGUUUUCUCAUGGCAGUUUUUUCUGCACGUCAGCCUUCUUACAGAUGUCUAUAUUUUUUAUGUUUUUCUUUUUUUUUGACACCGUUCCUGUUUUAAAAUGCACCUGUCACCUAUGCAGCGUGGAGGCAGCCAUUUUGUGAAUUUAAACCAUCAUUCAUAAGGGUAUAACCUAUCUAUUGACUAGGGCUUGGUGAAAUUGGUAAGGCACAAGAUGGCUGCCUUAACUGUAUGUCGAUGACAGGUGCACCUCGGAAGGAACAACCAGAGAAUGCAGUGUCUGUUACAUUGUUACAGUAUCCGUGUUUAGAGGCCCUCGCAGUAUUUUCAUUUCAGCAGGCCAAUAUGACAAAAAGAAAAACAAAACCUUUUUUAUGGUGUAAAUGCUGUAAGGAUUUGUAUAUACUUAAUUUGCUAUUGAAAUUUUGGGGAAAAAAGUGUUAUACUAAUAAAUAGCUCUUGGUUCAGCAA